UUUGCCUAACCCCUGGUUAAACACCGUGGACGAGAGUCAAAGAAAAGCGGGCGAAUAAUUUUAAAAUCUCUUACGCAAUCGCGAUGAAGUCACAGCACGUGCUCCAACUUUCAUCGCUGAGGUGAGAUAUCUUAAAUCUUACAUGAAUUCUUGCCUUCCUUCUAACUAGCCCACUGCACAGUGGGACAUAAAAAUUUACAGAGUAGUCUGCAGAGGCAUUCUGCAAGGUUCGCAGGAAGAUUGACACCCUCCUUCAUCGUCGCACAGCGCGUUUCGUUCUUGGCGCUCUAAAAACUGAUCAUCAGUGGAAGUGCACCCGAGCCGCAGCUGCCCAACUGUGACAUCCGUCCACUAUACAGAGUGUGCUCAGGCUGGCUGGCUGCUGCACAGGCACAAUGGAGCAAAAAUCACCGAAACACGAGAGCACAGCCAAGGGGCAAGAGUCCUUGUCCUACCAGCGGAGAAUGUGGAAGAAUUUCCAGGAAAAAACCAAGCCGUGGCUGAGCCCGAAACUGGGAUCAGAGCGUCGUGGUGCCGGGGGCGCGGAGGGGAGCAAGAAGGAAUCGGGGCUUUGGAUGUUUAAGAGAAAAAAGAAACAGCUGGACCGGGUAUUUUCAUCGUCGCAGCCGAACCUAUGCUGCUCUACUCCGGCACCUUUUGAGGGAGACAAGGCUCUCGGAAGCGAUGCGGUUCCUGGGACCAGCAGCGGCGGACAGCCUCUGCUACAGCCUCUUGGCACGGCUUCUGGGGCAACGGGGAGCAAACCAGAGCUCACGGCGCACGGAAGCCCAAAACUCCCGAUGUCCCAGCUGAUGGUGUACCAGCAGAAGAGCUCCUCUCUCGGCUCAGCGUGCUUCGAGAAGCUGGUGGUGGACCCGGCCGCUGUGACGGGAGAGGAGGAGCAGCUGCGUAAAAACGCAAGUGAUUCUGGCAUCAAUAUUGUGGGGCCCAGUAAUGUAGAGCCCCCGCCUCAGCCUCCUCCUCCAGCCAUGUACCAUUCAGCUCAGCUGUAUGAGUCGGAUGCUCAUGCUGCUAUCUAA